GCCCUAGAUUCAACCAACUAAAUAUUAAAAAAAUUGAUUGGGAGCAGCCGGAAAAUUUAUAAUCUCUGGACAAAACAAAUUUCUUUUCAUUAACCUAGAAAGGGCAUUGAGCACAGAGCUUGAGAGUCUAUUUUCCUAUUGGCGGGCCAUUUCCCAAAUCGGGGAAAACCAGUUCUGAUAGAAAAUUUGCACUCCUGUCGUGUCCCGCCGAGGCAGGGAGAUUCAAAACUACUUUUGGGGAAAUAGUGCAGAAAAGUACGGAAACAAAAUACGAAUCUUUCAGUUUUGGUAUCUUCUGAGUCUCUCAACUCUCAACGCUGACAAAAGGCGACGCGUCUGAAAAUCUCUAAGCACAUGUCGCUUCCUUGCGGCCCUGCUCCCGAAGCCAACCUCUCUGCUCAAAAGAAUCACGUCUUGAUGGAGGAUUCCAUGGCGCUCUCUGAUGAUGCUGGGAAAGUACAAUUUGUGCCAGUUUCUAGUUCGUCGCCUCCCGAGCCCGACAAAACCUCGGGGAUUCAAAUUGUCGAGAAUCCAAGUGAUUCUGUUUAUCGGAAGACGUGUCAUCAGUGUCGGCAAAAAACGAGAGACUCUGGGACACUAUGCAGGAACCUGAAGAAAAACAAGCCUUGUCCUAUUAAGUACUGCCAGAGAUGUCUCUUAAACAGAUAUGGAGAGAAAGCCGAAGAGGUGGCACAGUUGGAGGAUUGGAAGUGCCCUAAGUGCAGAGGCAUUUGCAAUUGCAGUUUUUGCAGGAAGAAAAUAGGUUGUGCACCUACUGGUAUUCUGGUGCACAAAGCCAAGGCAACCGGAUUUUCUUCUGUUUCAGAAAUGCUGCAAGUUAUGGAUCCUGACAAUAGUGUUAAGAAUGUAAAGGAAAUGGUUGCUUAUCCAAGAAAGCCUGCUACCCCAAGCAAGGAGUCUGUGGUUGUUUCCCCUAGAAAGCUAGGGAAGGAAAACUCAUUUGAUGGAAAGGAUGAUCCAAACUUGCAUCUGGAGGAUUUAACACUAAGCCCUGAUGAGAAGAAACCGAAAAAAACAACUAGCGAAGAAUUAAAGGAGCAUGAUCACAAUGUCGAUAAUGGUAGUUGUUUAAAGAAGAGUAACCUAAAAGGGCUGUGUAUCACCAACGAAUUAUCUAAUAAUGAAGCAAAACCAGAACAAGAGGAUGGUGAUAUCCUGCAAGAGAAGAGUUCUGAGACAGGAUCAUCUCAGAAAGUGUCUUCUGAUUCCAUUGAAAUAGGAGAAAACAGAGAAGGAGAUGGCACAAUUUGCCAAAAUAUGGGAGGUUUAGAUAAUGCAGGAGCCAAGCGCUAUAAAGUUGUCAAAUCGCAUACAGUUAAGAACACUUUGAAAUUUCAGAACAGAGCAUUUGUUGUUGAUGUUCCAUUGCCUCAGGGCACCAAGUUAACUACUGUAACUGGCAUUGAGUUGCCUCCUGAAGAUGUUGGGGAUGCACUGCAAUUCUUAGAAUUCUGUGCAGCUUUUGGAAAGGCUUUUGAUCUCAGAAAAGGGCAGUCAGAAUCUAUAAUGCAAGAAUUGAUAAGUGGCUGUAGCAAGCACCGUGGACAACAAUCGUUAGGUGUUCGAUUUCAUAUCAAAUUGCUGUCUCUGAUACUAAAAGAUUUAGGACAAGACUCUCGACCCUUAAGUUCUGCAAAUGGGAAAAAUUCAUGGUUGGUAGCUCUAGGGCAAUGUGUCUCCAAAUCCCAGUGUGCUUCGAAAGAACUGCCCUCAGACUGUUUUGAUAGGGGUAGUGAUGGAUAUGACGAGUUGGACUUUUCAAAAAAGAUCAGACUCCUCAAUUUUCUAUGUGAUGAAGUUCUUUGCACUGAAAAAUUGAGGAGUUGGACUGACCGUCAAAAUUCAAAAUUUGUUGAAAGAGUAAAGGAAGCAAAAGAAAAGGUUCUUGCUGCAAAGGACAAGAAGAAGCUCAUGAAGCAGAAGUUGCAAGAUGAGACAGCCAAAGCCAUCAUUGCACAAAAUAGUGCUCCUAUCUUGAUUUCAGAGCAUGAACCUACUGUUUCCAAAAUAAAAACUGAAGUUGCACAAGCCCAUGCGGAGAUGCUGGAGGCAAUAAGCAUGGUACCCAAGAGAAAACAAAGGUCUGAUGCUGUUAGAACAGAACCUCUGCUUUUGGAUGUUAAUGGUCAUUCAUUUUGGAGAUUAAAUGGCUAUUCUGGUGAACCAGAUAUUUUGCUUCAAGAUAUGGGAACAACGGAUGAAGGCAUCCAUGAUGAAAAAUGGUUUUCCUAUGAGCUUGGACAGAAAAAAUCGGUUGAAGAGUAUAUUUCUUUUAGGGAGAAGAAGCUUAGGCUUCACACAGUUACUGAAAAGCUUCCCCUAGAAAGUGCGAAGGAAGAGUUUUUGCAUGAUUCUAUGGAUGAGCUGCAAUGUUCAACUAGUAAAAUUGAGAUCAGAAAGAGACCUACAUCAGGGAUUAUGAUGUAUGCCAAUAAAGAUGCUAAGAAGGAACAAGAAGAUGAAGAAAUUCAUGAAACAGACUAUGCUGAGCCCAGGAUCCCAAAAUUUGCAGAUAAAGAAUCUAGGCAGCUGAGCCAGAUUGAACCAUUCAUCUGAACCCUGCAACCAAAGGCAUUUCCAUGAGUGACCUGGAAGUUGGCCCCUUGAUGUGCUGUUACCUUCCAAGAUGUCGUGGUCGUUAUUCUAGUUACUCUUCUGACAGAAUAUACCCUGAGACAGAGGAUCCCCAGCCAUGGAAAGUCUGUCUGUAGUAGAAGAUUUAUAUGGUAGGGAUAGGUGGAGUCCUUUAGUGCAAGAAGUUUCAUUAGGUCACGGUUCAUAUAGUUCUUUACCGUACUCAUGCCCACACAGCCAGUCUAAACCACAUAACUAUGGCUCAGGCAGUUAUGAAAAUUCUUCCUAAAGAUAGAGAUUGGCAUCAUGACAGGAGUUGAAUGACUUUGAUGUGAUUGUAGUAGCCACAGAUGUUUUCUUAUUUGAGAUUCUGUAUGAGACUUCUGGAUGUGUUUGUAUGACCCACAUUGUAAAUGGUGGAAAUAAUUCGAAUAUGUCCAGAGCAUUAGUAGCUGUCUUAUUUACAAGAGUCCACGUGCAUCAGUCAUUGCAUGUCAUAGGUUGAAUGUGUGAGCUCAAUUGAUACAAACCAAUUAUUGAGUGCUA